CUACUACUAAUAAUAAUGCAAGACGACAACCUCGAGCCGCUUCUUACCGUCGAGGAGAGCGUUCAUAUUGCAGCCCACCUCAAACUUGGUUGGAAUAAUCAUGACAAAGCCCAAAGGGUCAACGAAAUUAUUUUUACUCUGGGUCUCGAAGCUUGCAGACACACAAGAGCGGCAAAAUUGAGCGGGGGUCAGAAAAAAAGACUUGCGAUCGCUCUUGAGCUCGUCAAUAAUCUGCCGGUUAUGUUUUUUGAUGAACCUGCAAGUGGUCUUGAUAUCGUGACUUCUAAACAGUGUAUUAAUUUGCUACGCGCAUUAGCAAGAGACGGUCCAUGUACAAUUAUAUUGACAAUUCACCAACCGACUGGAAUACAUCUGGAUAUGAUAGAUCAUCUGUACGUGGUUGUCAACGGGCAUUGUGUCUAUACAGGAAGUACAAAAGCUAUAGUGCCAUUUUUAGAAAAACAUGAUCUACAUUGUCCUACUUACCACAACCCAGCUGACUUUCUUGUGGAAGUGUGUAAUGGCGAGUACGGUGAUUGGAAUGAUAAACUCGUUGAGGCCAUUGACAACGGAAAGUGUAACGACUGGAGAUCAGCAUCAAAUAAAAGUACUCGUCCAAGAUUCAAAAGUAGAUUAAGUCCUGAAGAGUCUGAAGAUAGAAGUAAUCAAAGUAAUGAUGAAGAUGAUAAAAUUCAAAGCGAUAAAGUUACUGAAGAUCAUUGUGGAUACUAUGCUACUAGUUUUUUUCAGCAAUUGUACAUACUAAUCAAAAGAAAUGCCAUUAAAUUAUCCCGAGAUAGAGUUUUAACAUUCACACGACUGACGAUGCAUUGAAUAAUUGCACUUAUUGUUGGAAUAAUUUACUAUGGUAUUGGUGAAGACGCAGCAUUUGCAUUAGACAAUUUCAAUUUACUAUUUUUCAGUCUUAUGUUUCUGAUGUUUUCUGCGUUUAGUUCCACUAUUACAACUUUUCCCUUGUCUCUGCCAAUUGUAACGAGAGAACAUUUUAACAGGUGGUACAAGUUAAGAUCAUUUUAUCUAGCGAAUCAAUUAGCUGAUUUCCCUAUUCAAAUACUAGCUGUCACCAUCUACACAUACAUUGUUUAUUUCAUGACUGGCCAGAUUCUUGAAGUUAAGAGAUUCAUACUCUGGUCUAUGGUUUGUGUUGUUGUUAGUCUCGUUGCUCAGCUCAUUGGAGUAAUAGUCGGCAUUGCAUUAAGUCUGCAGAACAGUGUUGUUUUUGGAGCGCUCUUUAUAAUGCCUUUUGUUAUAUUCAGCGAAUUCUUUGUGCAUUUGAACGACGCUCCAUUUUUUCUGCAGUGGCUUUUUCAUUCUUCUUUCCUCAAAUACGGCUUUGAAUGCGCAAUGACAUCGCUCUAUGAUUCGAUCGACCAAAAAUGAAUUGCUCGCAAGAUUACUGCCAUUUCAUCUUUCUUGCAAAACUUAUGAAAGAGAUGGGAAUGAUAAACGCCAACUACUGGUUCUCGUUUAUAGUGCUAUUUAUUCUGUAUUUUAUACUCGACUUGACAGCUUUUAUAACUCUUCGUCUUCGACUUAAAAAAAUAAUAUAAUUUUUGUAAAUUAA